GUGAAAGCAGGCAUGGAGUACCAGUAUUUUCUAAACUACUGCUAUUUUUUAAACUAAAUACCGGUAUAUGCCUUGAAAAUUGUUAAUGCAAAGCUAUACAUUAUUGUGAUAUUUAAUGAAGAGUAUUAUCAUCGGACAGAAUUAAUUUAAGUACCUGAAUAUGGUGUAUGCCUUGCAUUUGAAGCACUUGAAAAACCAGCGUAAUUAAAAUUCGCAGGCUUUGGAAACCAAAUCACGUUGGCCCGAUUUUGCCGUAUUGUGCGGGCUAUCGAUUCUGAAUACCAUUAACUGAACUGUAUGUUUUAACUGGAUUGUGCAGGCCGAGGACAGCCCUCACAUAUCCCAUCAAACGGAUUCCGUAUUUCUUGAUCAAAAUUUGUACUUAGCUGUUGACUGCCGAAAAAGCAACCUGACGCAACGUUUUGAAAAAAAGUCAUUAUGCAGAGGCGGCUUCCGUCCAGCGCCGGCCUCCAUGCCGGCUGCUUGACAGUUUUUGCCAAAUUUAUAGCUCCUCUGCUGUUGUUUCUCAUUUCGUCUGGGACUUCCGCGAGAGCCGGGACAUCGCCUCCCUACAUGGUACGAGGGCCACCUCAGGAACUUCUGUAUAAAUCAUCAAAUCCAUAUCAAGAAGACAGGCCAAUUGUGUUGGACUGCGAAGCGAAAGGUGAUCCUGUACCUGAAUACAAAUGGAUAAAAAAUGGACAGGAGUUUUCGGUAUCGGUUAGCGACGAUCGUAUAGCACAGGAGCCUGGAAAAGGAACUUUGACAAUACAUCGACCAAAGGAUAUCGACGAGGGAUUGUACCAGUGUAGGGCUGAGAAUUUCUAUGGAAUAUCACUGUCAAACGCUGUGUAUCUACGACGUGCAGGACUGGAUACAUUUCAAGGCGGGGACAGCACAGAGGAAAUCGUGGUAGACGAAGGUCAAGCUCUGACGAUUAAAUGCUACCCACCAGUCGGAAUACCCCGCCCAAAUGUUUUUUGGACACUGCAAAGCCCGAAUGGCGCCAUAACGACCGUGAACGGCAGCCGUAUAUCGGUUGAUCCGGAAGGUGCUCUGCAUUUCUCUAAUGUGACUCUUCGGGACGCCAGCGGUGAAGAUACCUAUGGUUGCUCAGUCUUUUCUCCUUUUUUACGCGAAUAUAAAACCGGCCAAUGGAAAAAACUCAUUGUCAAGCCAUCAAGAUCAGCUGCACCGAAUAAAGCCUCCCCCGUCCUCCAGUACACAUCGCCAAAGAAUUUAACGGGAAUGCUGGGUCGAUUCAUCGACAUUUCAUGCAUUUACGGUGGAACACCACUGCCAGAGAUUCGAUGGGAACGAGAAAACGCUCCACUACCGCGCAGACGACACUUUCUCACUGAUUUUGGGAAAGUGCUUAGAAUAAAGCAUCUCACAUUCGAAGAUCAAGGGACAUACAAAUGCAUUGCUUCUAACGGGAUAGGAGAAAUCGCCAGCCAUGUGUUCACAUUAACCGUUGAAUCUCUGCCGUACUGGAUUGUUGAACCCGAGCGAGUUACCAAGGCCGAAGACGAAAACCAUGAAUUUGUAUGCAUGGCAGGAGGCAUUCCGGAACCCAGAAUCCAAUGGUUCGUCAACGGAACGCCCAUUGAAAAUGUGGCAAGGACAGCCAAUCGAGUAAUCAAUGGAAACAACAUAACGCUAACCCGUGUCCAGAAGGAUGUCGAUACGGAUAACUAUCAAUGUAACGCCAGUAAUGCCCACGGAUAUAUCUUUGCCGAUGUUUUCAUAAACGUCAUGGCCAUGGAGGCUUCCAUAACGGAGCCUCCCGCUGCACUCUCGGAAGCCGUGGAAGGCGCACUGAUCACAAUUACUUGCCGGCCUUACGGUGCGCCGCAACCAAUUGUCAGCUGGGACAAGGAUGGACAGAUUCUUGUCAGUGCCCAGCUCGGCAACGGAUCGCGCUAUGAGAUCCAAAGAAGCGGAGACCUACUUAUCAAUGGCAGCCACUUUGAUGACAGUGGAUAUUUCACUUGCGAAGCGAGGAAUCGCUUCGGCAUGCAACGCGCUUCCGGCCGGCUUGACAUUAAGAAGAAAACCAAAAUAACUAUGCCUCCUGGAGAUAUCGAACGGAAUGCCGGUGAUUCAGCGACGUUCCGCUGCUCGGCCAGCAGCGAUCCCAAUCUGGAAGUGCUGAUCGAGUGGGCACGCGACGACGAACCCAUUAAGCCCAGCGAGAGUGGUCGAAUAUUCCUGACCAAUGACAACAGCUUGAUCAUAACUGAUGCGCAGGAGGUCGAUUCUGGACUGUACAAAUGUAUUGCAAGGACGCGGUUAGACCGCGUGGAAGCCACGGCGUCCCUGCUGGUUCGUGAUGUGCCCAAUCCGCCAUUGAACGUUAAAGCUCAAUGUGAACGUCGUUACGCAACUGUCUCAUGGGAACACGGUGGAGAUAACCGUGAUCCAGUUUUUGAAUACAUAAUCCAAUACAGUACAUCAUUUGAGCCCGAUGUCUGGGAUGAUCUCAAAAGCGGAAUUCAUGCUGGUACUUUUUCUGAAUCGAUAGAACUCAGCCCAUGGGUCAAUUACACGUUCCGUGUAAAAGCGUUCAGUGCAGUUGGACUCAGCAAUGCCAGUGCUCCCAGCCAAGAGGCCUGCACCACGCCGCCGGAUGUACCGUACAAGAAUCCCGAUAAUAUUCAGGGCAGAGGAGAUACUCCGAAUAAUCUUAUCAUCUCGUGGACGCCCAUGCCAGAAAUUGACCACAAUGGUCCGGGAUUUUAUUAUGAAGUGAAAUAUACCAGAGCAGAUCCCGAUCCCCAUGCCCAGCGGAUAGAGGAAAUUAUCAUCAUUAAGGACUGGCGUCAAAAUAAUGUGACCAUCGUCGAUCAGCCAACGUACGUGCCCUACGAUGUGCAGGUAAUGGCCAACAAUGCUGUCGGCCACUCUCGGGCAUGGUACGGUCCGCCAGUUCGGGGCUUUUCCGGUGAGGAUCGGCCUACGACUGCUCCGGGCAAUCCCCAAGUGCAGAAACUUGUGGAUGGCCGAACUGCGGAAAUUUCUUGGUCACCGGUCCCGGCUGAUUCCAUUAACGGCGAGUUCAAGGGAUAUAAAAUUAAAGUAACUCCGGAAGGAGAGAAAACGCACAGGGAGAUACGCGUCGCGUCAUAUGCUUCCUCAGCGGUCGUGGAUGUACUAAAGCCAGCCAGCGCAAAUACCAUUCGGGUACUGGCAUACAAUGGACAAUAUGAUGGUCCUGCUAGCGACGAGAUAGUUAUCCAAACGGGACCCAUGCCCCCGGGCCGACCGGCUGAUUUCAGAGCCUAUCCCAUGGGACGUGGCGCUAUCUUUCUCCAAUGGAAAGAGCCCACUGAGCCCAACGGCAGACUCACGCAUUACGAAAUCGUGCCUUACACUGUGGAAGGACUGAUGGUUUCACAGCCCAUCAGGAAGGCGCAGAAUGUCCCGCUCCAUAUCAACGAUCUGAAAUUCUCGGGAUUGACACCUGACACCAUGUACCGGAUUUAUUUGUACGCCGUUAAUGAUAAGGGACGAGGCGAGCCCGAAAUUGUGGAAGCGGCUACCGAACCCAAUCGGACGAGUGCAGCGUUGCCGCUCCUACCACCGCCCGGCACACCGGAAUAUCUGGUAAUCAGGAAAACCAAUGAUUCUCUGAUUCUGGCCUGGCAACCACACGCGGCCGCCGCAGAAGGCGACCGUACAGGAGAAUACUUUUACGUGCAAUAUAAACGCGCUGGUGACAAGGAAUGGAAAUCAAGCGGGUCGGUAAUGGACAGCCUGCAAACGGAAAUACAACCUCUGGAGCCUGCAACAACCUAUGAUAUCCGGGUUGUGGCGGUGGAAGCCAGCCAAGAGACACCGGGGCCGACUGGACAAGAAACAACAUUGCUCGCUCGAGAAGGCGAAAUGGCUCCAGGAGCCAACGCAGUCCUGCGCAGUGCUGGAAUUGUCAAGUAGAUGAACCAUCAUCAAGCACGCUACCGACAUUUAUGGUCGCCGCAUGAUUUUCCACUGCUGCACUAAUGCCGCUAUUUUUCGCUGAUAUUCUGUCCUCAGAUAUUCGUAAAGACUUUGGAAAUGGAAGGCUGCGUUGGGACUGAAAUGUACUGAGAUGAAAAGAGCGUUAUUAUGUUUGGUAAAUGUCAGUAAUGUUUUCGACCUAUCAAUUACGAGCGGAAUUCGUUUUUUAUUUUCACUGGAAUUUGAAACUUGAUGGUUUGGUUUUAAUAUGGUUGAAAGCACUUCCUGCGCAAUUGUUUUGUUUCCACUAGUAAAUCCAUAAAUCUUAGAUUCCCAGUU